GUUAUCAUCAAGGUGUCGGCUACAGACACAAACAACCCAGCUCACAUCAAUAAAGCACUCUAGCUCAACGUCAAGGUACCCUAGCUAUUGUAUCUUAAGACAGGUCUACUCAGACCGUUGGACGUGACGUUGUCCGAGUCAUGUCCGUGCCUAGCUUCGAGGAGCUCUUUGGGUCCUGUACUCUGGAAGUAAUAGCCCCAGACACCUCCAUAGCAUUUCCUGAACCAGGAGCUGCAGAUGACUGGUUACUCGCGCUCAAUUCAUCUGGCAUUGAAAGAAGGCAAGCGUUCUUCGGUAAGGUAGAUGAUUUCACCGAACAUGCCAGUCUCGCGGCUCAUCAAAUGAUUGAUUCAGAUGAGCAACUACAUCUUCUCUUGAUUGCCCAGAUACCCUGUUUAUCUGAGGAUGUCGACCCCAAGGAUCCACCUCCAUCCCUGCUCGAUUUUCUUGCUCAUGUGCAGGUUUCGCUUGAAGCCACUUAUAUCUCGCAAACCCCUACAACUCUCCCUGAAACUCCCCAGACCGCUCGAGUUCUCGCUCCACCGCGGACUUCAUCCAUAGCAGGUAAACCUCGACCCACCUCCCACCAUCCUUCCUUAUUCCCUCCCCACACACCAAACCCCACACCAUCAUCAACGGAUAGGGAUCGCAAGUACGCGCAAUCGGAAGGAACUCUUCUUCUUGCCAGCAUAUGGGGUCACAAGCCGGCAAAUUUGUCGAAAGAGAAGUUCUCCCUUUUGUAUUCCGAGGCAAAGAAUGCUUGGUUGGCGGUGUAUGAGCUCUCUUUGACCAUGUACCAAUAUCAUAGAUCAUUCACCCGACUUCUAGGAUCAAAUGUCGCACCCGAUUCGGAACCACUUUGGCUCCCAUCUACUCGCUUGGGGAAUGUCACGCGUCGAGAGCUGUUCUCCCUCCAACCUAUGCAACCUUUAUCUGCCCAAUCGCCUACCUUGAGCGCUAAGCGUCCACUCAAUGCCACUCUGCGGAAAUCCUUUCGCAAAAUUCUCCAGACCGUUUCUGGCUUUCGGGUGCGGAUGCGAACCGUUUUUGUUCCCCACAUUCUCCUUCCUGAGGGGAAUCCAGGGGAUGGCUCUAAUGACGAUGAUAGUGAUGCGCAGGAACGAGAGGCAGGGAACAACGAACGUACCGUCGUCCUUUGUGUUGAGGUUGAGAACUCGGGAGAAUCAGGCCCAGGUGUUGGUUUCUCAGUGGAGAAGGUAGUUGUGAAAAUCGGUGGCGAAGGUGCAUCCGCCAAACUGAUAGGUUGGGGAGAGAGUGCGUUCGAGGCUGAGGUGGAAACGCAGACCUUCCCGCUGCUGAUCGGGUCCAUGGAACAGUACAAUUUGUUGUACGCAGUCUCAUUCCUCAAGCCUUCUGCAGACACAGAUUUCUCGCUGGUUGGUCGGCGGCCUGGUGCUGCCUUUGCAAACUCAGAUCUGCAGCGGGCGGUAGCAAUCAAUAUCUAUGGAAAACCUUAUGUGCCGAAGGCAGGUGAUGAGGAUGAAUCUGAGGACGCUGAUGGUCCUACCCUGGCCUACCCAACACAUACCUUUUCCUCUCGGUGGAAUUGCAUCCUGGACCUUUCCUCAAAACCAUCAGAACCACCUGACUUCUCAGACCCUUCUGGUGGUGCUCGUAGUGUGUUACCAGAGCCCGCAUCUCCCUUUCCAGGGCAAGCGGCCCUGGUAUCUGCGAUCCCGACCUCGAGAGCCCAAUCUGUUACUGGGAACAAACGACAUACCCUUCCCAAUAAUAUCGCAGCUUUACGUGCGAUCAACCUGAAUGCUAACUUCCGUCCGAUGCCAUACCGCGAUUUAUCUACUGCCUCACCUAUCCCCUCUAACAAACAAUACACUCCCCCCUCUGUUGCUGUGCAAGGUUUAUUAAAGUCUCCUGCCACUACAUUCGGCAUUCCAUCAUCAGUCACGCCACUGUUAGGCGGCGGCGUACCCAAUGGAGGCCCAUCAGAGUCUCAAACAUUUGUAACGCCACCAACUCCUGCCUAUCCUGCAUUCCCUCCGGCUACUGCUCCAACUACUCACUUCCAAGCACCUCUUAGUAGCUACCAUGGAGCCUCGGGCCCAAGUGUUGAAAUCCGCAGGGAGCGCGGUCCUGGAAUGACUGCAGCUGUACCCCAAACACCUGGCCCAACCAUCAUCGGCGCAUUCGACCUCGCUCAAGAUACCCCAGUCAACGGCGGAGAGCCCAUCAUCGUCUCUGUUGGCUUGCUUCCACCUCCUUCAGGUUCCGCCGCAUCCAGGAAAUUAUAUCCAUGCGAUCAGUUCACCUUAGAUAUCUUCGUGUUCAAUCAGAGCUCGUGGACUAGACGUUUCGAAAUCAGCUGCCCGGAUCCCGAUCGUAGACGUAGACGGAAGAUCGAGCAGGAGAAAGCUGCGAGGGGUGGCAAGACGACUAUGGAGGAGCUGAAGAGUGUGAUGACGCCUCCUGGGGUACUCCCAUUACAAAACCGGGUGCGGGUCGGGCCGCUGCGUCCAUCUACCUGCCAGUCAGUUGAGGUGCUCAGUCUCACGGAUAUCGAAACUGGUUUCUCCAUGGAUCUGCGAUCUGUCCUAGAUAUUGUUGUUCACGAGUGUCCUCAGAUGUAGCCCUUUCCAUCUUACGCCGAGCGAU